CUCUUGAUUUUUUUUUUUUUAAAUUCAGGGUGGGCAGAGGAUAUGAAAAGUCAUGAAAUUAAUUUUGGUAGAUUAACUCUGAAAAGUUCCUUUGAAAAGCCCGAUGCCUCCUUUGGAACUAUGUACAUUACCUGUCAUGGCAUGGAGCUCAUCAGAAACUUCCAUGCACACAUAUGGACCACGUGUCACCGCCUCUCCCAAGGGAUAACUUUCUUCCUUCUCCGACCUUCUCUUGUUUGCUAAGGUUCCUCUAGGAUGGACCAGAUUUCUGACUUUUUCUGCAAGCUGGUUGGUUCACUGUUUUAUUACCUUGUAGAAAGGGCUUCUUACCUGCUGUGAUUCUGAGAUCCAAGGAGAAUGAGCAGUGAGGCCUCAGAAUGAGCCGGGGGUCACUCUGAACAGGGCAGGGCAGAGCACGGUCAAUUGGCAUGUUUUAUUUGUUUCCAUGUCAUGACAAAUUAACCCCAUUAAAAAAUAAGACUAUGUGUGUAGCUUACUCCCGCCGCCACCACCUGCAUGAAGUGGAGUUUAACUCCUCAUCCCCAGGAUGCGGGCUGUGUUAUGUGACUUACUCCAAAGAGCGGAGUAUGAUGAGGUGGGAGGUGAGUGUGUGGAGGAGAAAACCUGGCAGACGCUUCCUCAGCCAGGGUGACCAGGGUCAGCGUCAGCAGUGGUAAGUCACAUGACAGGAUGUGUCCUUGAUGAGACUUAACAGGAAGUGUGCAUCACCUCAAAUGCUGUAAUCUCAGUCUGAUGAUGAGAAAGCCCAUCACAGUAAAACCCCUGUUGAGGGACAUCCUACCGAAUGCCUGACUGGUACUCCUCGGAACUGUCAAGGUCAUCAAAGACAAGGCGAGUCCGAGGGACUGUAACAGACCAGAGGAGGUGAAGGAGCUGGGUGAAGACGUCUUAAGCCAGAGGAAUGACUCUCUAGUUGUGGAGUUUCAGUCGUCAGCCAGCAGAUGCAGGAGUGUCUACGAACCAGAUAGAAAUGUGUUACGGAGGAAAGAACGAGAGAGAAGAAAUCAGGAAACACAACAGGAUGACAGCACGUUUAAUUCGAGCUACUCCCUCUUCAGCGAACCCUACAAGACUAACAAGGGGGAUGAGCUCUCCAGCCGCAUCCAGAACACUUUAGGCAAUUACGAUGAAAUGAAGGACUUUUUAACAGAUAGAUCUAACCAGAGUCAUCUGGUUGGCGUCCCCAAACCUGGGGUUCCUCAGGCUCCUGUGAACAAGAUUGACGAGCAUUUCGUGGCAGAUCCGAGAGCCCAGACCCAGCCUGCAUCUGUCGGCAGCACCACCUCCACACCAGCAGCUGUCCCUGGGCAGCAGAGUAAGCGGGGCGCCAUGGGCUGGCAGAAGGCUGGCCACCCGCCGUCCGAUGGUCAGCAGAGAGCAGCACCACAGGGCUCUCUCAGGACCUUGCUCGGAGAUGGGGUUGGCAGACAGCAGCCACGGACCAAACAAGUCUGCAACGUCGAAGUAGGUCUUCAGACCCAGGACAGGCCGCCUGCCAUGACAGCCAAGCACAGCAGUGGUGGCCACUGUGUCCAGAACUUUCCUCCAUCCCUGGCUUCGAAGCCCAGCCUGGUCCAGCAGAAGCCAACUGCCUACGUGCGGCCAAUGGAUGGCCAAGACCAGGCUCCUGACGAGUCUCCAAAGCUCAAGUCGUCCACAGAAGCCAGCGUGCACUGCACGUCGUACAGGGGCGGCCCCGCUGCCAAGCCAGAGUCCGCCAGAGCCAAGGGCAAGCUUUCCAAGUUUGGCAUCCCCAAGCAAGGAGAGGAGAGUAGAUCUGGAGAAACCAACAGCUGUGUUGAAGAAAUCAUUCGGGAAAUGACCUGGCUUCCACCACUUUCUGGUAUUCAAGCACCUGGCAAAGUGGAACCAAGCAAAUUUCCAUUUCCAAAUAAGGACUCUCAGCUCGUUUCCUCUGGACACAAUAAUCCAAAGAAAGGUGAUGCUGAACCAGAGAGUCCAGACAAUGGCACGGCCAAUACAUCCUCUCUGGGAUGGUUAUCCCCAUUUACAGAUAAGGGAAAUGAUGCACUGAGAGGAAUGCUAGAAGAUGACCUUAAGCUAAGUAGCGAUGAAGAGGAGAAUGAACAGCAGGCAACCCAGAGAACAGCUCUCCACGCUCUGUCUGACAGCGCCGGGGUCCAGCAGGCCAACGGCAGGGCCUCUGCGCCCUCCAGCAAGGGCAGCAGCAGCGGCAGCAGCAGCAGCAGCGGGAGCAGUUCCUCCAGUGACUCUGAGAGCAGCUCGGGAUCUGACUCGGAGACUGAGAGCAGUUCCAGCGAGAGUGAGGGCAGCAAGCCCCCCCACUACUCCAGCCCCGAGGCUGAGCCAGCGUCCUCUAACAAGUGGCAGUUGGAUAAAUGGCUGAACAAAGUUAAUCCCCACAAGCCUCCUAUUCUGAUCCAAAAUGAAAGCCACGGGCCGGAGAGCAAUCAGUACUACCCUCCUGUGAAGGAUGAUACGCAGGACUGUGGGAAGCUUCCAGAAGUCUGCCCCAGCAGCCUGAGAGACAAGGACAUCAAGAGCGCCUGCAAGGAGGAGCAGAGACCAAGGACCGCGAACAAGGCCCCCGGGAGCAAAGGGGUGAAGCAAAAGUCCCCUCCCGCUGCCGUGGCCGUGGCUGUGACCGCCGCCCCCGCCGCCCCGCCACCCGCUGUGCCCGGGGCGCCUGCCGAGAGCGCGCCUCCACCGGCCCGGAGGUCAGGGGGCAAGAAGCCCACCCGGCGCACCGAGAGGACCUCUGCCGGCGACGGCGCCAACGGCCUCCGGCCUGAGGAGCCCGCGGCCGCCGAUGCGCUGGGGGCGAGCGUGGCGGUUCCCCCGGAGCCCACCAAGCCCAGGCCCUGCGGCAACGGCAGGACCAGCCACCGCAAGGAGCUGCGCUCGGCCGUGACCUGCGAGAAGCGCCGCACGCGGGGGCUGAGUCGGAUCGUCCCUAAAUCCAAAGAGUUCAUCGAGACAGAGUCUUCCUCUUCGUCCUCCUCCUCAGACUCGGACCUGGAGUCAGAGCAGGAGGAUUAUCCCCUGUCCAAGGCGCAGGCGGUGGCCACCGCCGCCCCUGGGAACGAGCAGAGGCUGAAGGAGGCUGCCAACAGCAUCAUCGGCGGCGGCCCCCGGGCCCCGGUGGGCUCCAUCAAUGCCAGGACCACAAGUGACAUCGCCAAGGAGCUAGAAGAGCAGUUCUACACCCUGGUCCCCUUCGGCCGCAAUGAACUCCUCUCCCCCUUGAAGGACAGUGAGGAGGUCAGGUCGCUCUGGGUCAAAAUUGACUUGACCCUCCUGUCCAGGAUCCCAGAACACCUGCCUCAGGAGCCGGGGGUCUUGAGCGGUCCUGCAUCCAAGGAAGCUGAGAGCGCGCCCCCAAGCCACACAGCUGACGCGCCCCCAGAAAAGGCUUUGCCAAAAUCCAAGAGGAAACGUAAGUGUGACAACGAAGACGACUACAGGGAGAUCAAGAGAGCCCAGGGAGAGAAGGAGAGCUCCUCACGACUGACCGCCUCUGGCAGCAGUACCCUGUCUGCCAACCACUGCAACAUGACCAUCAACAGCUUGGCAAUACCAAUAAAUAAAAAUGAAAAAAUGCUCCGGUCGCCCAUCUCACCCCUCUCCGAUGCUGCGAAACACAAAUACCCAGGCGAGGACUUCACUUCCUCCAGCAGAUCCAACAGCAGUGGUUUGUUCCCUUCCAACUCCUCCAACAAAAAGCAUAAGGCCGAGAGCCAGCUGCAGACCCACGCUGGAGACCUCCCGAAAGCAGCUCACGGCAACUCCGAAAGCGUUCUCCAUAAGUCACGCCCGCAGACAGAGCCGUGGUCUCCGGGCUCCAAUGGCCACAGGGACUGCAAAAGGCAGAAGCUCAUCUUCGAUGAUAUGCCACGCAGUGCAGAUUAUUUUAUGCAAGAAGCUAAGCGAAUGAAGCAUAAAGCAGACGCAAUGGUGGAAAAGUUUGGAAAGGCUCUGAACUAUGCUGAAGCAGCCUUGUCAUUUAUUGAGUGUGGAAAUGCCAUGGAACAAGGCCCCAUGGAAUCUAAAUCUCCUUACACGAUGUAUUCGGAAACAGUAGAGCUUAUCAGGUAUGCUAUGAGACUAAAAACCCACUCAGGACCCAAUGCCACGCCAGAGGAUAAACAGCUGGCUGCAUUAUGUUACCGAUGCCUGGCUCUCCUGUACUGGCGGAUGUUUCGACUCAAAAGAGAUCAUGCUGUAAAGUAUUCAAAAGCACUUAUCGACUAUUUCAAGAAUUCAUCUAAAGCUGCCCAAGCCCCAUCUCCAUGGGGGGCCAGUGGAAAGAGCACUGGAACCCCAUCCCCCAUGUCUCCCAACCCCUCCCCCACCAGCUCCGUGGGAUCUCAGGGGAGCCUCUCCAAUGCCAACGCCCUGUCGCCUUCAACCAUCGUCAGCAUCCCGCAGCGCAUCCACCAGAUGGCAGCCAAUCACGUCAGCAUCACCAACAGCAUCCUUCACAGCUAUGACUACUGGGAGAUGGCAGACAACCUGGCCAAGGAAAACAGAGAAUUCUUCAACGACCUGGACCUGCUCAUGGGGCCAGUCACCUUACACAGUAGCAUGGAGCACCUGGUCCAGUACUCCCAGCAGGGCCUGCACUGGCUGCGGAACAGCGCCCACCUGGCAUAGGGACCUCGCCUCCGAGCCAGACUGUGCUCUUGUCUUCAUGGACGGCUCAGCGUUGCUGGACACUGUGCUACUGAAGUUCCCAGCUACAGCAUUUCUCCAACCGCGGUGAAUAUUUUCUCAGCAUCGCACAAUGGUCUUUCUUCCCAGGGCACGUGUGUUUGUCUGUGUGGGUGUCGAAGCAGCUGCCUGUGUGUGUGUAUAAGACACCCAGCUCUUGAGAACACCUCUUUCUCUGUCUAGUUUUCAGAAUCCCAGGCUAGACAAAGUGAUCAGACAUUUCUGAUGAAAGAAAAUGUGUUUACACACACAUACAUACACGCGCACACGCGCGCACACACACACACACACACACUCUUUCUAGUUCAAAGCUAAACCAUGACUUCUUAGAACGUUCAACCAAAAUCUCAUGGGUUAGUUAACCAGGUGCAAUACAGCACACCAAAAGCUUGACUGCCAGUUAAGAUGAACCUAGUUCUUAUAUUCUUGAUUACUUUCAGUAUUAAUAUCCUCUUCCCCAAUUAUUAUUUUUUGAUUGUGUGUAUUAAUGGAUAAUUGAAUAAUGAAAAUCAGUCAGUUAUUUUUGUGCUGGCCGUUUACUAGAGUGCAUGUUACCAAAUACCUUUUAUCUAGCACCUGCCCCCCCCAUCCAACUUUACUGUCAGCUAAACAUGUUAGAAGCAAAUGAAUGGACUCCCACAGGCCCUCCCUGCCCUGCCUCCCAGAAUAGUGACCUUGACACUGAGAUGUGGUAAAAAGUCUUGGUGUCUUUGAAAACGAACCAACAUUAAAGCAGCAACGACUGUGUUUAGGGCGCUCAGUGAGGAACUGCCACCUUCUUCAGAGGCCAUGAGCCUGCCCAGCACGUCUUUUUCUUCUUCCUGCCACUGUGACAGACAGAGGCUGUAGAGCCACAUGGCAUUUGCCAGCCACUAUUUUUCAUAUCUUUUCUUUCCGUGAUCACUUUCUUACCACUGUUCUAGGGUAUUGCCUAGAACGCCUCUUCACUGGGCAUCUGUAUCUGUUGCUUAUCAGGCCAAGAACUCUUUGCCAUCCUGAUUCUGCCUCAUCCUCUUGGUCUUUAUAGAAAGUGCCCCUGGUGGCCUCCCAUGCAUUUUGAUCUGGGGGAAUGUGUUUUAGGCUUUGAUUAGCAAGCUCCUUACUCUACAGAGCAAGUUAUUCCUGCCAUGACCGCAGUGGUGUCUGGGGUCGCAACGACCAGACAUCAUGCUUCCGCCCUGUGCGUCUGAUAUGUUUACGUCUUGCCUUUGAUUCUUGUCUUUUUUUCUUUUUUCUUUUUUUUUAAUUAAGUUUACAUUUUCCUUUCUGGACAUCUUGUUUACAGUUUUUGUCUGGAAUUUAUUUCUUGUGUUGUCUCUUGUCAUACCCUAGAUGUAGUCUUCUUGUUCAAUAUAUUUGGAUAUAAAAAUAUUGGUAAAAAAAAAAAAAAAACUCCUGGAAAAGAGGAUAAUCCUUGCCACACUUUAAAAACAAAAAUAAUAACCUUGAGGCCUCUCACUUGACAAAAUUGCCCCCAAAUCGGCCUGAGAAAGACAGGCGAUAUGAUGUGUGGAAUAAUCCAUUUUGCAAGACGAAGGUAACACAAAACACAUCUAACAGGUACUGAUGGGCUCAUGGGUGUGGUUGCCACGUUAAUAUAUUUGUCAGCCUGAUCUGUCGGGAGAAAUCAGAUGGCUAUAAUUCGCUCCAAGCACUGAUUCAAAACCAUACAAAUGAUUGAACAGCUUCGGUGAUUGGAAGUGAAUCUCAACGACCAGGUGAAGGCUCUGUGAAAUUUCCAUUUGGCCUUGGCCUUCAAGCAUCUGGAAAUACAAACAGUCUUUCUUUUUGUACGUUUAUCCACCUGAGAUGCUUCUGAUGGUCCUCUCACUAAUUGUUGCCAGGGUUCCCGAUCCCACUGGGGUCAAAGUUAAGACAUUUUUUUUUCUUUUUUGAGGGGAUUGAGGCUCAGUCCCACUCAGUCUUGUGGAAUUUGGAUGAAAUAUUCACGUAAAGGGACGGCCCCCAGGGUCCAGCGUGCAGCCCUGAGGUGCCCCUCUGGCUUUGCCCACCUUUGUGUAGCAGGCCUGGUGGUGGUGUCCACAUGAUGUGCUGCCCCGUGAAACCCAUCUGAACACGUAGGUGGUCUCUGGCCAGUGGUGCCAGCUGCACUCAGGCAGCAGCCAUUUCCAAUGCAACGUGAAACUGGUCAUUCAGGGGCGGUCGCAGCACACCGUUCUCAGCAUCUGUUUCAUUCCCGCUGGGUAGGGCCUGUUGGGGCAGUGGUUUUGCUUUGCUUUGCCAUCCAUGAUUUCGCCAUUGUGGCGUCUUUUGAUCAUUGCUUGUUUCUUGCAUUGAGUUUUGUCCCCAGUAGAAAGGUCUCCCUUGCGUUUUCUGAUUGCAAAAGGAACACAUGCUCAUAGAAAAAAUGCACCCAAUACAGAGACGUGGAAAAUCGGAAGACUCAGCCCCCUCCCCCAGAGCCAACCACUGCUCAUCCUUUCCUGUAUAUCCUCUGGAAACCUCCCAUGUAAAUAUAGAAGGUCUAUUGGCAUUUUUUUUUCCUAUUUGAAGCCAUUCUUUCAUCAGAAGUUCAUAUGCGUUCAGCAGGCCUUCUCCUCCAUAAUCUGAAUGGACCUUGAUCACAAUUGUUCUGGUUCUCUCUGAAUUCAGAGAGGAAUCCAAAUAGUUCCCUGAUCAAAAGGUGGGCAUUUGUUACUCUUCGACACAGCUGGGACUUAACGUGCAGAGCUAUGCUCCGGAAGAGAGGUUUGGUUAAAAUGUAGUUCUGGAAACUUUCAAACUGCCAGUGGAACCUCGGACCCUUUCUCUAAAGAGGAAUGUACUGGGGAAAAGAAAAAAAAGAAAAACCUGAAAGAGUUGACAGAUUGUGCGCGUGAUUGAACACAUGGAAUCAAUGCAAUGAGGCUUCCUGCACUAAAAUGUACCCUCAUAUCUACAACAAUGACGUGUGUAUUAUAUAACAGUGAUGUGUACAUUCCUGACAUCCCAUACAUAAUAUACGCAGUUUGUAUAAAAGCAUUCAUUUAAAAAUAUAUAUGUACAAUACAGCUAACAUAAACCUGUAGUACGCCUGAAGGAUAUGACUAGUGCCUAAUCUUAAGUGUAAGUCCACUGCGUGUUCAAAUCACCUUGGAAGUGCAGUCAUUGUUAUGAAAUGAAUCAGUGCAGCCAACCUUAUUUACAAACCACAUCUUUGAAACUGUGCAGUCGUAUAUACAUAUAUAUUUUUAAAUAACAUUUUUCACGGUUUUCCAGAGUUACUGUUGAAAUCUGUAUCACCAAAAAGAAAAAGAACAAAAGCAAGAUUUUUUUUAAUGAUGUAGACACUCUUCAGACCCAGUAAAUCUGUGUGUGGUUUCCUGUUUGUAGAUACCCAAGAAACUUUAGCAGUCACCAGCCUUAAUGCAUGUACAGGAUAUUAUUGUGACUUAAUUUAUCUGCAGUUUUUAAUCCAUGUGAAAUUGGAAUUUAUAAACUGACUUGGAUUAAAUAUGUCUGCCUUUCUAAGGUUGCCAAUGUUACAUUAAAUGAUUUAUGUUGUAAAUGAGAGACAUUGAGUUGUACGUAAAAAAAAAAAAAAUUGUCCACCCAUUUCUGUGAAUAUUUUUACAAGGAAACUUCAGAAUCAAAAUAUAUUCAAAUAUGCA